GUUGACUCAAUCGGCCAAUAGAAGUUAAUGGCAAGUGGCUGACCAGACUCUAGCCCCGUUAAGCCUCAAAUAACCUACCGUCAGCCCGUAACCGAGAAUUUACCGGAAUUGAGCAUCUUUUUGCUCCGACUUGCGACUUGGAAGCUCUCAACGAUCUGCGGAUUAAAAGCUGUUGUCGCAGACUUUAAUAGCCAAUUGUUGACGGCAUCGCCCUCUAAAAUGUUCUCUCGAUCGGCUCUCUCCAGAGGUGCCCAGCUUGCCGCUCGUAGGCAAGGCUGUUCGCAGCUUGCUCAGCGCCGAGGUUAUGCUGCCGCAUCUUCGGCACCAUCCGCUUUCAACUAUGACACCACCGAAGUUGCUGGUAUCAAGGUAGCUACCAGAGACUUACACGGUCCGACAACAAAACUCGCUGUUGUCGCCAAAGGUGGUACUAGGUAUCAGCCUGCUCCUGGUCUCACUGUUGGUCUUGAAGAGUUUGCCUUCAAGGGCACCGAAAAGCGAACCGCCAUACGUAUUACGCGAGAAGCUGAGCUUUUAGGAGGUCAAUUAGCCGCAUACCACACCCGAGAAGCGUUAAUUAUCGAAGCAAGCUUUUUGCGAGAGGACAUCCCUUACUUCGCCGAACUGCUGGCAGAGGUCAUCUCUCAAACUAAGUAUACCACGCACGAGUUUCACGAGGAUGUCGAGAGGGUUUUGAAGGUAAAGCAGGCUAAGCUUGCCAUCGACGUUUCCGCUCUUGCUCUCGACUCGGCACAUUCGGUCGCCUUCCACACAGGCCUUGGCGCUUCCCUAUACCCGACGACUUCAACCCCUCUGAAAAGCUACCUGAACGAACACUCCGUCGCUGACUACGCGGGGGCCGUUUACGCAAAGCCUAAUAUCGCUCUGGUUGGAGACGGAGCUACGACAGCUGCUCUACACAAGUGGACAGGACAGUUCUUCAGCAGCGUACCCGCAUCAUCGUCUAGCUCUGCCACGCUUAACACGAAAUCCACGACGUACUAUGGUGGCGAGCAGCGUACGGCUCACACUGCCGGAAACUCUUUAGUCAUUGCUUUCCCUGGUUCCAGUUUCAGCUCUUUCAAGCCCGAAAUUGCGGUCUUGGCAGCCCUGCUUGGUGGACAGGCUAAUGUCAAGUAUUCGCCUGGUUUCACUCUCCUGUCUAAGGCUGUGGCCUCGGCACCCAACGUAGUUGCUUCGGCCACCAACCUGGCUUAUUCGGAUGCCGGACUGUUGACUAUUCAAGUCACCGGCGCCGCCGCCUCAGUUCGCAAAGCUGGUGGGGAGGCAGUCAAGGCUCUUAAGAGCAUCUCCGAAGGCAGCAUUAGCAAGGAAGACCUCACUAAGGCGAUUGCCAAGGCCAAGUUUGACGUGUUAGACGCAAGCCAGUCGGGUGUGUCGACGCUCCUGUCUGCCGGUUCUGGUAUUAUCCAUACCGGCAAGCCCUUCCAGAUCGCCGAGAAUGUCGGUUCAAUCGACGGUAUCACAGCAGACAAGCUAAAGACGACAGCAAAAUCCCUUCUCGAGGGUAAGGCCACCGUGGCUGCGGUUGGUGAUCUGAACGUUCUGCCAUAUGCCGAGGAGCUUGGUUUGAGGGUAUAGAAGGGGAAAUUUGGGCAGCAAAAGUGUACCAACAGAUUAACCCACCGCUGUAGAGUCGAGCCGAGCCAUAUGUGCAUAUAGUAAAUCCCCUAGAGUUUUCUUUCAAGUUUGAACACACUCAACUACCCGAUUAUAGGUAGGUAGCACGAUUUGUACUUGAGCAUGCGAUGGUGAUUAAUUUGUGAAUGGUAUUGGUCUAGAAUUACAUAUAUAUAUAAUAAGCUCUGUGUAUUAAUGUCCUACGAAAUCCCAAAUAUACAAUUUAUUCUUAUUUCUAAA